AUGCCAUUUCAAGCAAUUUCCCAGCCUGAAGCCCCGUCAUCUCUUAAACUGUGUCAACCAGAGUUCAAGCGUGACAAGCUCCAGUCAGACAAAGAUGAUAUCUACUUGUCUUUUGACAAAUCGGCAAGAAGGAGUCGCUUGGCUUUGAUCAUCAACAAUUUAGAUUUUGUGCACCAUGAUUACAGAUGUGGGGCAGAGAUUGAUGAGCACAGGAUGAGAGUCCUUCUUGAACUACUGGGAUACGUGGUGGUGACACUUAGGAAUCUGACCUCCCAG